AAAAAGACUGCAGCUCGUAAAUUCAAAAACAGUUUACAACUGACUUCUUUUCAAGCAAAAUCGACAAAAACAAUUCAAAAUGGUUAAUAAAACUAGUUACUACUUCCUGGUUUUUGCACUUGUUGCAUCAACGCUGGCCUUGCCAAUCGAAGAGUACAAUUAUGACUUUGAACAAGCUUACGAACCUGAUGAUUACCAACUUUAUCGAGCAGGACGCUUAAUAGAACCAGUUGAAGAAUACCAAUACACUCCAGAGGAAAKUUCGUAUGAAGAACACAGAGCAAGACGUUCAUUACAACCUGGUGCUCCAAAUUUCCCUGGUCSUUCACAACAAGAYGGAGGAUGGUCGGUUAACCCCAGCGUUUCGAGAGACGACCGUGGAAAUACCCAGACCAAUGUUGAAGUUGGCCAUAAGGGAAAAAAUCACGAUCUUAAUGCUGGAUGGGGAAAAGUUGUUAGAGGACCUGGGAAAGCAAAACCUACUUGGCACGUGGGUGGAACUUACAGAUGGUAAAGAAGAAAAAAACAAACAGCCAGAGUUAUGUCUUGUUCUAUUACCACUAUUUAUAAAAUAAAAUGUAUAUACAAAGUG